AUGCUCUCGGCGCCCCCCCUCCCUGCUCCAGGCAACUAUUUCCUUCCCCUAAUCCUUCCACUUGAGACACGCCUCGCAAAUCCACGGCGGCUGCAAGUUAACUUCCACCCGCCCCCCCCCGCGCGUCUCGGCGCCCGCGUGGGGGUCCCCGCGCGCGCCGGGGAGGGGCCGGUGGCUCCGACAGCGGGGACACGUUGCCUCCCCCCCCCCCACCAACACACACAGACGCUGAGCACCUCCCGGUUCACCGCGGGAUCCGGGUCACGGGGAGCGGGUCUCCGCCGCAUCCCGCGGAGAGCGCACGGAGCGCACACGGAUCCGCCAGCCGCCCGCCAGCGCCGCCUUCCUCACAGCACCCAGCCCCGGAGAGCGGAGCAGCCGGGCCGGGCCAGGGAAGAAGCCGCGAGGGCCGAGGGCUCCCCGGCGCUCGAGGCCGACCCGCAGGCGGCCUCCCGCCGGCGGCUGCAGCCCAGGCCCCCCCACCGCGCGCCGCCCUGGGGCCACCUACCGUGA